AUGGCUGGUACAACGUUUAAGAAGCGAUCGCGCGACGACGCGCUACAGUCAAAAGCCACCCGCCCGACCAAAAAGCAAAAGAAACAGACGGCCUACCACAGCGAAAGCGAGAGCGCACCCGAGCCAGACAACGACGAGGACUUCCAGGCCGUGAACCUGCUCGACUCGGACGAGGAUGACAUCCACACUGCACAGGUAGACGACGGCGGAGAUACAGACUCGCCUUCAGAUGCAUCGGACUCGGAGUCCAAGGCAGAGCGGGUGCCGCGGCGGGGUCUGAAGAAUAAGAAGAAGCCCGCCGUCUCAAUAGCCAAAAACGCACCCGAGAGUAGGCUGGCCAAGGACGCGCCCGCCUCCGCCUCUGAAGGCUCGGAGGGCGCUGCGGGCUCCUCGACAGACGACGGCGACGAGGGUGAUGAGUACUCGGACCUCGACUCCGACGACGGCGACGACGGCGACGACGGCGGCAGAGCUGGCGGCAAGCGCACUGGCAAAUCUAAGCGCAGCGACCCCGCUGCCUUCGCGACGUCCAUGUCCAAGAUACUCUCGACAAAGCUCUCGUCUACUCGGCGUGCGGACCCCGUGCUGGCCCGCAGCGCGGCGGCGCACGAGGCGAGCCGGCAGGCGGUGGACAACGCGCUAGAGACAAAGGCGAGGAAGAAGAUGCGGGAUCAGAAGAGGCUGGCUAUGGAGAAGGGGCGGGUGCGCGAUGUGCUCGUUGCUACCAACGGGAUUUUCAGCAAUAUCAACCCUGUCACUGGAGAUGUCGUGGCGGACGCUGAUGGAGAGACGACCGCGGGUGUGCUAGAGACGGAACGGAGACUGCGGAAAGUCGCGCAGAGGGGUGUGGUACAGCUCUUCAAUGCGUUCAGGACGGCGCAGGUCAAGGCUGCUGAGGCAGAAAGGGUCUCGCGAAAGGAAGGGGUAAUUGGUGUGGAUCGGAAGAAGGAGAAGGUCACGGAGAUGAGCAAAAAGGGCUUCCUGGAUCUGAUUGCUUCGAGCGGAGGUGGGCUCAAGAAGGGCCCGCUGGAGGAGGCUUGA